GCAGCGGACAUGGUUGCGAUUCCGGACCCCACGACGCUCAUACAGGUUCCGUUCCAGAAGGAGCUCGGCUUCGUGAUCGGCGAUUGCUACAUCGACGGCAAGAAGGUGGAGGAUUCCCCACGCUGGGUGCUCAAGGAGCAGAUCGCCAAGGCCGCAGCCAAGGGCUACGUGUUCAAGACGGGCGUUGAGCCAGAGUUCUUCCUGCUCUCCCCCGGCGAGGGCCUCGCCAUUUCCGACCCGAGGGACACCCAGGCCAAGCCGUGCUACGACGCGCAGGCGAUGAUGCGCCGCUACGGGCUGCUGAAGGAGAUCGUGGACUCGCUCAACGCCGCCGGCUACGGCGUCUACCAGUGCGACCACGAGGGCUUCGGCUUCGUGACCCCAGAUGACGGAGGCGAUGACUGCUUUGUGCAUGUCAAGGACAAUCCAGAGCUCGACGGGGUCGACUCGGGAGGAGACGCAGUGACAUUCGACAAGGAGUGGGAUGACCGCAAGGGCAAGUACAAGGGCGUCAACUGCAGGGUGCUCCAGGUCCCUGCUGUGCUGGCGGCGAGGGCAGCAGCGAGAACGAUUGCUAAUGGGAAGCAGCCAGUGGUGAGCUGUGGAUUCGCCAAAGUUCAGUAG